UUCUACUCAAAGUCAACCCCUUUGCUAAGCUAACCAUUGAUGAUUUCUCCGCUUGCACCCCCUCUUAGACGCAUGAGUUUCUUGGCUUCGCCGGCUCUUACUCCUUCCCCUCGUUGCCGGACACUCUCAAAUUGAGGGUUCAAGAGAACGUCAAACGAUAUGCAGAAAUUAUGCUACUUUGUUUAUUCUCUUCUUUGCCUGCUCCUUGUACCAGAUGCCACGGGCUCUUCUUGGGUUGAUCUCAAGUUUGGCGAUUUGGGAUUUGUUCAAGUUCUGUAGUGAUAAAUGGAAAUUUGAUCGAUAUUCUAUGAUUAGGCAAGUUCUGGUUCGUAUUGUGCAAUGUGGUCUUGUUGACUCCUACUCAUUUAGCUAUUGUCAUGGAAUAUGCGGCUGGUAGCGAACUCUUUGCCAGAAUAUGCAGUGCUGGUCGAUUUAGUGAAGAUGAGGUUGUAUUAUGGAGCUUGCUUCUUUAAAUUACAUCUUAGGUCACUUAUCUCUGGUUUAAUGUGUAUUGUUGUGAUGCAAAUUGAUUUUCUUAAUGAUUUGUUUGUUGGCAAAACCCUUUUCACAACAGGCAAGGUUUUUCUUCCAGUAGUUAAUAUCUGCCGUCAGCUACUGUCAUGCCAUGAAAUUUGUCACAGGGAUCUGAAGUUGGAAAACACACUAUUGGAUGGAAGUCCAACACCAAGUGUUAAAAUAUGUGACUUUGGUUACUCUAAGUCAGGAUUGUUGCACUCACAGCCUAAAUCAACUGUUGGAACUCUAGCAUAUAUUGCUCCGGAGGUUCCGUCACGAAAGGAAAAUGAUGGAAAGGUAUUGAGUUUUUAUUUUUCAUCUGAUUUUGUGUGUUCCAGUAAGCACUUGGUUAGAAUUGCUGAUGGAAGUAUGGAGACAUUCAUGCGGAUCAAUAAAUGAUAGGAGCAAUCAAAUGAUAAUAUGAACCUACAGUUUUAAACUCCUCCAUUUU